AUGCCAGUCACUCAAGAGCACAAUGGUUUGGAAGUUGUUCCGUGCUGGGUCAAUGGGAAACCUAUCCCACUCGACGCCAAUCGCCUGAUCGAGGUCCACUCUUCCGCCCAGGGCAAGCUAGUCCACUACGCCCAGGCAGCCUCCAUUGACAAUGCCACAGCUGCGGUCGAGGCGGCCGCGGAAUCAUUCAAGACGUUCAAGCGAGUGCCGCACCAAGAACGCCGGGCCUUACUCUUGAAGGUUGCAGAUAUCCUCGAAAGCCGUGUGGACGAGCUUGCGCGCUACCAGAUCGAAGAGACAUCCUGCCCAGAGGCCUGGGCAAAGUUCAACGUCAUUCUCGCCGCCAGGGCCAUCAGAGAAAUAGCCGCGAAUAUCACCAUCGCAUGUACGGGCGAGAUGCCUCCACCUGAGACUGCAGAAACUUUCUGCCUCGUCUACAAGCAAGCCAUAGGCCCUGUUCUGAGCAUCGCCCCCUGGAACGGUAGCAUCAUUCUGUCUGCGAGGGCGCUCGCGGCUCCCCUUGCCGCUGGUUGCACCGUCGUCUUCAAAGCAUCAGAGCUAAGCCCACGAGUUCACCACGGCGUAGUCGAAGCAUUUCUGGCCGCCGGCCUCCCAGACGGCUGUAUCAACCAAAUCCAGGCCAACCGUGAGGACGCCAGCCGCAUCACCGAGACCAUCAUUGCACACCCGGCCAUACGCAAGGUCGAGUUCAUUGGCAGCGCAGCUGUAGGACGAAUUAUUGGCCAGCUGGCGUCGAAAUACCUCAAGCCGGUCUUGAUGGAACUUGGCGGGAAGGCUCCCGCUAUCGUUCUCAAGGAUGCCGAUCUGGAAAACGCCGCGGCCCUUUGCGCUCAAGGCGCAACUAUGCAUCACGGACAAAUCUGUAUGUCGACCGAACGAAUCAUUGUUGUUCAAGGUGUGGCAGACGAGUUCAUCGGUCAUCUGCGCGAUGCGGUUGCACGCUUCCAAGGCAACGCCGGGUUUGCUGUGACGAAGGCAAUGGCGCAAAAGGCCCACAAACUGCUGUCGGACGCCACAGACCAGGGAGCGACGUAUUUGAUCGGUGACAACAAGUGGCGAGGUGACAGUGGCGCUGCGCUCGAGCCCACGAUCCUCACCGAUGUUAAGCCUGGAAAUCCCAUCUAUGAUCUCGAAACCUUUGGCCCGUCAGCAACAGUCUUUAUUGCCGCAGAUGAAGACGACGCAAUCAGAAUAGCGAACGACAGUUCAUAUGGCCUCACGGGAGCCAUCCACACGCGUGAUGUCCUGAAAGGUCUUCGCUUAGCCAAAGAGUUGGAGGUCGGGCUGGUUACCCUGAACAACAUGACGCUCUAUGACGAGGCGUCGGUGCCUCUAGGCGGGACGAAAGGUAGUGGCUGGGGCAGAAACAACAGCAGGUUUGCAGUGGAGGAAUUUCUGAUCUCAAAGACGGUGGCGGUUGCAGCAAAUGCUGGGAGUCCAGCUUUUGGAGCAAGGUAA